CGCCACGCCCUUCUUUUUCUGACGGCCGCGCCGGGAAAGCGCUGAUUUUAUCAUUUUUCAUAUUUGAGAACGGGGCUUUACCUGCAAAAAGAUCGUACUUUCGGACGUGUACGUCUUCUGUGUCUAGACAACAUAUAUAUAGCUUUUCCAUAUUUUCGGAUGACGAGAAGGUCGCAUCGUUUGCCUCCAUGUCACAAUUCUCUCACAACUGCUCUUCUCAUGGAUACCUACCAAAUUACCAUGGCUUACGCGUACUGGAAGAAUGGGACCCACGCGCGUUCUGCGGCUUUCGACCUCAUCUUUCGAAAAAAUCCGUUUUCUGGGGAGUUCACCAUAUUUGCCGGACUUGAGGAAUGCUUGCGAUUCAUAUCAAAUUUCAAGUUUACCGAAGAAGAUAUAUCCUUUCUCAGCAACGAACCACUGUCCACUUCAAUGGAUGUCAAUUUCUUCAAAUUUCUUCGCCAAUUGGAUUGCACUCAGAUAAAAAUCUUUGCACAACUUGAGGGUAGCAUAGUUUUCCCUCGCGUGCCCCUCAUGCGUGUCGAAGGCCCACUGGUGAUGGUUCAACUGGUUGAGACGACUUUACUUACCUUAGUUAAUUAUGCAAGUUUGGUAGCAACAAAUGCUGCGCGACAUCGUCUGGUAGCGGGUGACAGUGCUACACUUCUUGAAUUUGGCUUGAGACGUGCACAGGGUCCUGAUGGAGGCGUCUCUGCUUCGAGGUACGCGUAUAUGGGUGGGUUCAACGGCACGUCCAAUCUUGAAGCAGGGCGACAAUUUGCCAUCCCGUGUAAAGGGACACUUGCACAUUCUUACGUGCAAUCGCACCAAGGUUUUCAGGAUAUCGGAGAUCCCCGGCUGAGACUCCCUGAUGGGAAUAUGUGUCCUGACUUCCUAGCACUGGUCGGUUUAUUUAAAUCAAAAUGGCUAUACAAGGAAAGUUUUCCAGAUGACUUACGCUGGACGAAAACAAAUCAAAGUGAACUUGCUGCGUUUACAUCGUAUGCACUAGCUUUUCCGUCUAACUUUUUGGUGUUGGUUGACACAUAUGAUGUUUUGAAGUCGGGCAUUCCAAACUUUUUAGCUGUUGGCCUCGCUCUUCGGUCAUGCGGAUAUGAACCGUUAGGAAUACGAAUCGAUAGUGGAGACCUUUCGUACCUAAGCCUUCGGGCAAGAGAAAUGUUGCAGCACACGCAAGAUUUACUCGGGGCAAGUUAUGCUGAAGGCUUCGCUCAGCUUGGCAUCACCGCAAGCAAUGAUAUACAUGAGGAAGUAUUGCACUCGCUCAACCAGCACGGACAUGCCAUAACGUCCUUUGGAAUUGGAACGCACCUUGUGACGUGUCUGCGCCAGCCUGCCCUUGGUUGUGUGUAUAAGCUCGUUGAAAUUGACGGUGCACCUCGCAUCAAAUUAAGUGAAGAUGUUGAGAAAGUGACCAUUCCAGGACGCAAGGAGGCGUUCCGGCUUUAUCUAAAAAAUGGCGAGCCCGUGGUUGAUGUGAUGCUGCAAGGUGACGAACCAACGCCUAAAGUCGAUUGCCGCAUUCUUUGUCGGCAUCCCUUCAUAUCAUCAAAGCGUGCUUAUGUCCAGCCAGCACGAGUUGAAAGACUAUUCCACCUCGUCUGGGAUGGCAUGAAUGGAGGCGUUCCACCAGACCUUGACCUUAGUCUCUGCACUGCUAGAUCACGAUGUAUGUCAUCAAUCAAAAUGAUGCGCUCCGACCAUCUUAGGUACAGUAACCCUACACCGUACAAAGUGAGUGUCAGCGAACAACUCUAUGAUUUUAUCCACAAGCUUUGGCUUGAAGAAGCACCCGUCGGAGAAAUUAUGUGAAGCUUUGAGUUGUGAAUUUGGAUUGAGAGGAUCGGUCAACGGGCGAGCUGAUGUACAAAUGUAUGUUUUUUCUUGGAGUGGGUAGACCUGAGAGGAUUUUGCCUCAAGGAUUGCAUGUGACUUUCCACGAAACACGGUACACUUCGGCGCGUAUCUGUCUGCACAUUCAGCACGUUUGCCUCCUGCUUCAGAAAGCCACCUCAUGGACAUAUCAUUUCAACGGCACAGCAAUUGGCGAAAGAAGAACCCUCCAGCAAUAAAGGCCCUCCAAUACUGCUUUGAUAUUUGUUUUUCGUCCAUUGCUGCGCAACCUUGAUAGAUCAGGGUUGUAGUGCUAGUCUAGGCUAUCUAGAGACAAGAUGAGCUAAUGAGUAGUAGAUUUUCUCUUGAGUGUACUGACACAUGAUUGUGUGGAAAAGCUUUUCUUUAAGGUCACGGUCCGCUAUUAAAUUUCCCGUGGCCAGAUCUACCAGAGCAAUGUGUCCGUUAGAAAUUACCAAGUGUCCGCGUGGUGCAAUUAUCGGCAGUACUCAAAAUAGUUUUUAACCUAGUAAUUUCUUUUUUUGCCUCGAUUCUUCGAAGUGACUCAGCUCCCGAGAAAUUGAUUACUCGUGCGUCUUGGACAGCAAUUAUCUCUGACGCCAGCCUUGCUGUUUCCAUGCCAACUUCUACAAGUGUCGCCUGUGCUGCGACACCAGCUGUACGUUCUGCAUGCAACCUGUUCCGCACAAGCUCACCAGACAGACCUAUCAUCUGCAGGUCUUCAGUCAUGUACUCUAUUUCAAGGGCGGCAGAUUGUCCCGCAGUCUCCCAUUCUGACUGCAUUCUAUUAGAGUAUUCCAAAUCAACGAGGGCUUGCCGAAUAGCCAUGUCUGCUCUUGAUGUCGCCACUGCCAGCACUGUUUUGUGUGACACUUGCGCGUCUGCAAGAAAAUGUUGCAUGCGUCUAUUUUGUUCAAGAAGACUGGCAUUAUUCCACUCACUUGCAUGAAAACGUUCCUCAAGCAAAGUAAAAUGAGCAGCAAACACCUUAGUGAGACUGCUUUUUAAAUUAGCAGCAGUAAUUCCGGAAGAUAACUUCACAAGGUUACUCUCAACAAUUAAACGAUUGCUGGAUUCCAAAAGCAA